AUGCGACUCCAAGGACUCGUCAAGCUGUUGCUGAUAAUCACUGCUGCAGCAGUGUCACACUCAGAGGAGAUGAAAGGAAAUGGCUGCAGCUCCGUAGUAGUAUCAAGCAUUCAAGGUUUACCUGGGAUUAAAGGAUACAAGGGAGACCAAGGCGACAAAGGUUCCGCAGGAAAAGUUGGUCCAAAAGGUGCCACAGGAGUCGGUUCCAAAGGCGUCAAAGGCGAGCCCGGGGUUAAAGGACCGAUGGGACCACCGGGAGUUUUUCGUACAGAUGAUUGCUCAUUUAGCAAUAAAGGUAUGAUGAAAUACAACAUUCAACAGAAAGAAGUUGAGUAUUGUAACGGCACCAAAUGGUUACAGCUACAACCUAGCAGCAUGUCUCUGCUUCCUGCGUCAUCAUGUAAGGAAAUAGCACUCAAGUAUAAAUCAUCUUCUUACAAUGGACAAUAUUGGAUUAAACCAUCGUCUAGUGACCCUCCAUUUCAGGUUUUCUGUGAUGCGAGUGAAGCGACUUGUGGUCGAAUAAGGAAACAUUUCAACCAAACAACUUGGAUUUGGAUGACAAAGAAACGAAACUGGCUUCGUAUUGGACACUACCAUUUACUGAACUUCGUCUGGGAAUGA